GUGGAUGUGGGCAUGCGUGUUGAUCAACGUCAACCCCCGUGGCUUUAUGAAAGGCAAAAUCCCUCCAUGGGAAGAGCGUGUGGCUGUAGCUGUUUAAAACCCCGUCUGUGGAAGGGAAGGAGCUUGUGUCGUUCGAGCCAGGCUUGAAGACGGUCUCAGCUCUUCACCACAGUCAGCUCUGUUUGGACCUUUCCUCCGGUGUAAGACUAUCGUCGCUCCUCUCCCCCGCCCGCCACCUUCCCCUGCGCACCGCUUCAACAACACAAACCACGGGGACGAGCCAGCGGACGUAACGCUAGCCGAGAAGGGAAGUGGGCUCCGUCUUCACUUUCAUCAAGCAGAUGCUCCCAGCCGCCCAGCUUGAAAGGAGUGAUGGGAUGUGUCAACUAGCAGGUGAGGCCAUCCUGGAUGAUGUAAUUGGACUGAAGGAUUCAUCUGCAGUGUUCACACCGGAGCGAGACAGAGGAGGGACAGAGGAAGAGGAGGAGGAGCGAGACAGAGAAGACACAAGGAUGGGCGUGGGGAAGAAUACCACCUCCAAGUCAUUGGACAGCAACAGUGAUGGAGGAAAAUAUGAAGAGGAGACCAAACAUGGAGCAGAUUUCUACCCUAUUCCAGUGGUGGUAAAUGGAGUGGGCGCUGCUAGUGGAGACCAGGAUACUGAGAACACAGAGCUGAUGGCCAUCUACACUAAAGAAAAUCAAAGAGCAGAAAAGAGCUCAAUGUCUGAGACGUUGGACAGCACAGACAGUUCAGAUGCAAGGAGGAUGGAUAUGCUCUAUACCAUUGAGGAUACCCCACCCUGGUAUCUGUGUGUGUUCUUAGGCAUGCAGCACUACUUGACCUGUUUCAGUGGAACUAUCGCCGUGCCGUUCCUCUUGGCUGAGGCAAUGUGUGUCGGCUUCGAUCAGUGGGCCACCAGUCAGCUCAUAGGGACCAUCUUCUUCUGUGUAGGGAUCACCACCCUGCUACAGACUACACUGGGCUGCAGGUUGCCUCUAUUCCAGGCCAGCGCUUUCGCCUUUCUUGCACCAGCCAGAGCCAUCCUGUCACUGGACAAAUGGAAAUGUAACAAUACAGAAGUUCCAGUAUUUAACAGCACAGAGCUCCUCCACACAGAGCACAUCUGGCACCCCAGGAUACGAGAGAUCCAAGGGGCUAUCAUUGUGUCAUCCAUGGUCGAGGUGUGCAUUGGAGCGCUGGGUCUGCCCGGGCUCCUGCUGAAAUACAUCGGACCUUUGACCAUCACCCCCACCAUUACCCUUAUCGGCCUGUCUGGUUUCCAGGCUGCAGGAGAGAGGGCUGGGAAACACUGGGGCAUUGCUAUGCUAACAAUCUUCUUGGUGCUGCUCUUCUCUCAAUAUGCCAGAAACGUUCACUUCCCGCUGCCAGUCUACAAAGCCAAGAAAGGCUGGACUCUCUAUAGGCUGCAGGUCUUCAAAAUGUUUCCUAUCAUCAUGGCCAUCCUGGUGUCAUGGCUGCUUUGUUUAAUUUUCACUGUCACUGAUGUUUUCCCACCGGAAGUAGACAAGUACGGCUUCUACGCCCGCACAGAUGCACGGCAAGGAAUCCUCGCCGCCGCACCGUGGUUUAAAAUCCCGUAUCCCUUCCAGUGGGGCGUUCCGACUGUUACAGCCGCCGGUGUGAUCGGCAUGAUGAGUGCAGUGGUGGCCAGCAUCAUCGAAUCGAUUGGAGAUUACUACGCCUGUGCACGUCUCUCUUAUGCUCCUCCACCUCCAAUCCAUGCAAUCAAUAGGGGGAUAUUUGUGGAGGGUAUUUCUUGUGUGCUGGACGGUCUUUUCGGAACAGGAAAUGGCUCUACUUCCUCCAGUCCAAAUAUUGGCGUCCUGGGAAUCACAAAGGUGGGCAGCAGACGUGUGAUUCAGUAUGGAGCUGCCAUGAUGCUGCUGCUGGGACUUGUGGGUAAAUUCAGCGCCCUGUUUGCCUCUCUGCCUGACCCUGUCCUGGGAGCUCUGCUCUGCACUCUGUUUGGUAUGAUCACAGCAGUGGGACUGUCCAACCUGCAGUUCGUUGACCUCAACUCCUCCAGGAACCUUUUUGUUUUGGGUUUCUCCAUCUUCUUUGGUCUGAUGCUGCCGAGCUACCUCAAACAGAACCCGCUGGUCACAGGUAUCCUUGAAGUUGACCAGGUGUUGAACGUUCUCCUCACCACUGCCAUGUUUGUCGGAGGCUCUGUCGCCUUCAUUUUGGACAACACUAUCCCGGGCUCCCCAGAAGAACGAGGCCUCAAGAGGCUGAAACGUGGUGCUGGUCUCAGUGCAGCAGAACUGGAAGGGAUGAGAUCUUAUGAUCUGCCAUUUGGAAUGGACAUCAUCCGCAGAUACCCCAUCUUCAAGUACAUCCCCAUUAGCCCCACCUUCACAGGCUACCAGUGGGGGAGGCUACGCGAAACCUGCCGGAGAAGGAUGGGACCUGGGGAUGUGGUGAAGGGAGGAGGAAUCGGAGGGGAGGGAGGAGUGGCAGCAGGGGAGAGUCGGGUAUAGCCAACGGGCUGAUGCUAAAGAAAUCAUAAAUGUUGCUGAAUUUGGGGAGCAAGGGAUGGUACCCUAAGGUAAAAGGAUGGGAGAGUGGAGGACCGAAGCAGUGCAGGAUUCAGGAUUGUGUGGAAGAAAAUGUGACGCACCAACCGCCCCGUCUGUAUGUGUUUUCUUUAGCUCGUGUCAGUCUCUUCCCACUUCCCACUAUGCUAUUUUAAGCAUGCUAUAGCAAGUCACAGCAUGCUAUAAAAGAUGUCACCAUGCAGAGGGUAGUUGGUGUGUGUGCAUGUGUGUACAGUACGCAGCAAGAAAUGACAGGUUUGUGCAUUAAUUUAGCUGCACUUUAAUCCAGAUGGAGACAGAUAGACGCCAAACAAUAAUUUACUGCUAAUUUUUGCUGCCCCUGUCAUUUCGUGAAACAUUCUACUAAAAGCACAGUAGAUUUUAUUAUGUCAAUUGAGGAUUAUGCAAAAUUUCUGCGUUUUAAUCAUUCACCUCUGUCGUUAUGCAACCACAUUAAAGAUAGACAUUACACACACAUGCUCACACACCAACAGCCUUACCUAAACUUAGCUUGAGCGCUGCAAUGCAUGUCACAGUCAUGCAAAUUGAUGGACGUGGUUUGUCAGGUGCCCUCAGCCAUGCAAAGUGAUUGUGAAAUUUAUUUUUGCACUAUCUGCCUCCUGAGUUCACAACCGGACUGUCACUCCACAGCUCACGUCCCCAUUUCUUCAGUAAAACAGCACAUCACAUCCACUUUUGUCAUGCUUAACAACCUCACCGCCUGCUUUUUUUUAUGUGAUAAUAUUCUCAAGAUCUCCACUAUAAAAUACCAGUUUACAACACCUUACUGUCAGUAUUAUGCAGUAGUCACUAACGAGACCAAAACUCUACUUGUCCUGAACACACCUUUGACUCACUUGGCUGUCAAAUGGGACAGUAAAUUUUUGCAAGAUAUUUAUUUCCAUUUGAUAACCUCUAACCUCCUAACACAUAAAGGCAUUUACACAAUAAAAACAAGCUUUUAAUGAUUCCUCUGCUGCCGUGAUAACUGCAGUGCAUUUGUAAAUGCUGCAUUAAUGGCACACAGUAAUACAGUGGCCUUUUUAGAAAGUCUUUGAAACCUUGUUUACAGAAAUAAGAAGCUUAAAACAAGAUGAUUGAGAACAGGAAAAUUACCUGAGGUGUCUGAUCUUCUGUGUGGCUAUUGCCUCAGGAAGGCUGCACCAUAAAAUAAAACACCCCUGCCACCAUCCAAACCCACUUGGUCAGGCUUUGCAUAACUUUACUAAGAAAAAAAAGAUGUUGGUUUUGGAUGCAGUGUGUGUGUUUUUUGCAACAGCCACUUAUAAUGGUCACUGAUGUCAGUAAUGUCCUCACCUAUUUAAUGGUGUUGAUGACUUUCCCUUACAUUCCUCCUCCUCCUCCCAUCCUCCAUCAUCCGUAUGCCUCCCACUCUCAACCCGCUUCAGUUAGUUCACUGCUGAUAUAUAUAUUUUUUUGUUUGUUUUCUGUUCAUGACUGUUGUAGUUCAACAGAAAUAAAAAUACCACAAAAGAAUUUACAACAUUAUAAUCUUUGUAAAUGUAGAAAUUAAAAGCAGCACAAUGAUAAAAUAACCGCAAAAAAAAAUCUACUAAUCUAAUACUUCGCCCAACUAAGAUAUUUACCAAACCAAAAUGUUAAAAGCUCUUUAUCGUUAUUUCCUCUUUUGUUAUGUUACCAUAACCAAACUGUUUUAUUUAAGCAUUGGCAGUUGUCACUACAAAGACAGAAAUCAAAGUUAGUUUGAAAUUUCAUCCCAGUUUUUCUCUCCUUAGUUAUCUUUUUUUUGCUCAAGUUAUUUAUUUAUUUAUGAGAAGAGAGUUGAUGUUUAAUGAUGACCUAAAGCAGGUUUAUGUGUCUGUUGCACAAUAUUAAGAAAUAUAUUUAUUAGUUUACUUGUUCACGCCCAGUAAAGAUUGUUGUGAUGAUGAACGACCUCUGCUCUCAGCCCCAGCUACAGUUGGUGCUUUUAGAAACUCACCUGGGGACAGCAGCUUUUUGAAAGAAAGCAUUCCAUUUAUAUGAUGUUAUUUUAAAAAAGAAAAGAAAAACACUUUUUGUUGAACUGGACAAUUGAGUCAGAGGGCCUUUUUACUACAAGUACUGUUUGCACAUGUAAUGGUGCCAAGAACAUCGGGGUCAGAGUGAGUAAUCUUCACUAACAUGAAACCCUAAGAGUUGGAAUGUUUAUCUAGAUUCAUAGACAAGUAUGAACAUUUUGGUUUGAUGACCGAAAGAUAAGUGGCUUUGUGACUGAAUAUUUUUUGGCCUGAAUCUAUGAUACCCUGGUUAGCUAUAGCCCCAUUUAUGAUCUCAGCACUAUGGAUGAUACACUUGCAACUCAGUCACUUAGUGUUCCUAACACAAAUGUUUGUGGAAAAAAAAAUCUAAAGUAGAUUUGGGUUGGGUUUUUUUUUCACUGACAAGAUCUGGUCGGUCAUAUCACUAGACCAUAGUGAUAUGACCAACUCACGGGGGGGGGGGAGUGCUGAAGUCACAAAAGAGGCUAGCUUGCAACAACUGAUGUGUGCAGAAACUGUAAUUCUAAAACCUCAUCUACCUUUCGGCUGCGCUCAGGACUGGCAUCUGGAUAGCCACAGAUGUGGCAGUGUUAUGAGGUGGUUGGUAAAAUUUGCUGUGUGGUAUUAGCACACCAGCUGAUGUUGCUGGCUUUCUUGCCCAUGCUGCGUGACCCUGCUCCAGGGACGGGUGAUAAUCAAGUAGUGGUCAGGGAGCAGUCACCUCUCUCUUGGAGCAGGAGUGAGUGGAGGGUGGUCGGACAGUUUUUGGCACCCCUCAGCAGUUGGCCUGCACACAUAAUAAUCACAUGCACAAAAUGUGACCUUGUUUUCUUUGUCAUUUAAUGUUCAUGCAACCAGCAUUUACUUCACCCAUCACACCCUCCCUUAACUCUCCAUGAACUCUCUCUUUAACCCACCCCCAGUCCUGCAGUGAAAAUAUAUUGUUGUCCUCUCAUGUUUAGUGUACCUGUUUUCUCCAUGGGAAUUCUUACUGUUGAUGUUUCAGACUGCAGGAGAAGACACUGGCUUGCCACCUUUUUAUUAAGAGCCUUGGUCAUUGGCAGCUGAAUGAACCUGCCUUAUUAAAGAUAUCUGAUGUUCAUUUUGCUGCUGUGUCUAAAGGCAGCUUAUUCUUGUUUUAACCUUCAACCCUCCAGUUUAUUGUACUUUCAGUCUCAUUUUUAGGAUCUAAUACACGUGCAUAUGUGUUUCUCACACAGCUGUUACAAAAUAAGUUGAGUUACAGUAUAAACUCCUUGGAUUUCACAAUCCUAAACUCUCUACCUUGAUAGUUGUCUGGUUUGAAUUACAUACAAUUCAGUUUAAGCAACAGAUAGCUCUUAGGAAGGUGGCCAUAAGGUGUGUAAUACAAAGACAUCAAUCCCUUUCAGUUAUUUUGAAGGGGCUGCUACCUGAAGAAUUUACUUUUGUGUAUUAAGUGUUUUAUGUUUUUCAGUGGUUUUGUUUUUUAUACAUUAUUUUCAUGUUUUUGCAAGCAAAUAUUUGUAAGAAACAAAUCAUAACUUUUAAUCUUAAAUCAUGCUGGAAAGCGCACCAUUUUCUUGUACUUUUUAUUUAAAAAGUAAAUACAUUUUGAUCCUAUUUUGAAUCUGUGGUUGGGUGAAAUCUUUUUUCUUUGUUUGUUAGGAUCUUUUGCAUAUUGUAUUUUUUUACUCUAACAUUGCUUUCUGUCCAUGUUAACACAUUACCAGUAUAAAUGAAAGAAUGAGCUGAGAAACUUUAAAUAGAUGUGAAAACAAAACAAAAAAAAAAUGUAUAUUUAAUGGAGUAAAGUUUGCUAAACGUCCUGGAAGAGAAAUUGUGUAAACUAAUUGUAGCACCAAAAUGUUUUAUUCUCUGUUCCUAAAACUAUUUAAUAAGACAUUACAGAAUGAA